UGGGCUAUUUCCGUCCCGUUUUCUCUCUCCCUCGCUCAGUCCUUCUCCACUCAAAAAAAACCGUCCCCCUCUCUGCCUUGUUCUCCAUCUCGGAUCUAGAUGUUCUUAGAAAAAGAAAUAAAUCUUGAUCUAGAUCCCACCGCCCCAAUCCUCUCCCUUCCAUGGCCAGCUGCCUUCCCUUCCCCGGCGAGCAGCUCCGCUCGACCCUCUUCCACCCCUUCUUUGGAGGUCGUGGGCGUCGCCGGUGGAGCUCAUCCAUCACGGGUCGUGCGACGACCACCGUCGUCCUUCUCUGCCACCCCACACACACACACACACAUCUUCUUAAUUCGUUCAGAUUCUACCAUUAUUUCUAAUCUGCUUUCUCGAUUAUGCAGGUGCUAAUAUGUAAUUCAUGGAUGUCCGAGGAAUCACUCAUUCGUCUCCCAGUCUUCUGCGCCAUGUCGCCAAACUGAAGUGGAUUUGCGAGAACAGUUCUUAUUUCGUUUUCCCCGUCCUCUUCCACAAGGCCAUAUUUGUGGUUGAAGUUGAUUUUAUGGUUGCUCAAAGUUCUGGAGCGAGCUGGAUGGAUUUUGAAUUGGUUCCUUUCCAUCAUACAUGGCUCGUGGUUCAAGUUUUAAGGUGUUAUGUGCUACAUGGAUUAGCUGCCUCACCCUCUGAACUUUUUAGCUCGGGUGGCGGGGAAGACGCCCGCGCCAAUGGCCGUGCGGAACUCGCUGCCUGCGGCCACGCAUCCACUUGCAACCGGGCUGUGGGCGAGCCUGCUGUCACAGUCCUCGGAGGGUUCUGGCCGCACUGGUCCCUGCCUGUGCACCCGCUGGGCGCGGCCUAGUUGCCAUCGUCCAAGCCCACCAUCCCAUACCGCAUCAUGUCAAUAGGCAGGCUACCGAGGCAACAUAAUCGUCCUCCUGCAAUGGCUUAGAUACAAAAGCUCUAGAAUCAAUUUAAUAGUCACAAAUAUGUGAUUAUCUCCCAAGUCGACUGUUAAAUUGAUUCUAGAGGAGCACUAUUAAAUCACACAUUUGUGGCGAUGUCUUGCCUUGAGGAGCACUAUUUAGCUGUCGGCUGGAGCUUCUGAUGGUGAGUUCUUUGGCUAUAUGCACACUACUACUUGUACCAAAGUGAAUACUUUUUGGAGUUGAGUUUCACCCACCCUUGGUUACUCUUGGCUAUUAUGUACUCCCUCUGUCCCAUAAUGUAAGACAUUUUUUGACACUACAAAAAAAAGUAUUACAUUAUGGGACGGACGGAGUGCUUACGCUGUUUGAAACUUUUUUAUACUAUAAGAGCAUGCAGCCGGAUAUAGCAAGUCUUGAGGACCAUCAAAGGGACCUUCUAUACGAGGGUGGGGCUCCGAUGGGUACAUUGCUCAUGGUAUAAAAGGUGCCUGAUACAAUAAAAAGAGUGCACACAUACGAUUGUGUAAGGUUCGGGCAAUGGAAAAUGAAGGUUCCCAUGUCAUUAUGACAAUAUAGGGAUACUAGACUAACAUGAGGGGUAUAAGUUGCACGUUUCACUCAUAUUGUGUGGUCAUAAUUUGUGUUUCCUCCUAUGCCAACUCUAUAAACUUUUUAUGAGUAAGUUUUACCACGUCAAGGGUUGGUGCCUAGAUUGAAUUAUAGUUUGUCCAUCCCUAGGACAAAAAAUCGUACACACACAUGCACAGAGAGAGAGGGGGGAAGGGGCGGGACGGGAAUAUACAAAUUUUUGGAGCAGCGACGGACUUUCAAAGGAGCGGCUCAAAAAGGAUGGUGCCCCGAUGGGCAUAAUGUUCAUGAUAAACGGUGUCUGGUCCAAUGAAAAGAGUGCGCACAUACUAUUGUGCAAAGUUCGUGCAGUGGAAAAUGAAGGUUCCUGUGUCAUUAUGACGAUACAAGACCACCCUAAGGGCUGUAACUUGCAUGUUUCAAUUAUGAUUGUUCUUCAUUGUUGCUGUUUCCUCUUAAGCGAGCUUAACUACAUAAGUGUUGGCACCUUGACGCACAUAAAGAACACACACACACACACCGGUUGGGAGUAUGGAUUGUCCGGAGCACCGGCGGACCGUCAAAGGGGCCACCUAUACCAGGGUGGUGCUCCGAUGGGUACAACGCUCAUGGUAUAAAAGGUGUCCGAUCCAAUAAAAAGACUGCACACAUACGAUUGUGUAAGGUUUGGGCAAUGGAAAAUGAAGGUUCCCGUGUCAUUAUGACAAUACGGGGAUACUAGACUAAUAUGAGGGGUAUAAGUUGCAUGUUUUACUCAUAUUGUCUGGUGAUAAUUUGUGUUUCCUCCUAUGCCAACUCUAUAAACUUAUGUUUUGAGUGAGUUUUACCAUGUCAAGGGUUGGUGCCUAGAUUGAAUUAUAGUUUGUCCAUCCCUAGGACAAAACACACACACACACACACACACACACAGAGAGAGAGAGAGAGAGAGGGAGGACGGGAAUAUAUGAAUUGUUGGGAGCAAUUGAGGACUUUCAAAGGAGCGACUAGAAAAGGAUGAUGCCCCAAUGGGAAAUGAAGGUUCAUGUGUCAUUAUGACGAUACAAGACCACCCCGAGGGGUGUAACUUGCAUGUUUCAAUUACGAUUGUUGUUCAUUGUUGUUGUUUCCUCUUAAGCGAGCUUAACUACGUAAGUGUUGGCACCUUGAUGCACACAAAGAACACACACACACACAUAGAGAGAGAGAGAGGUUGGGAGUAUGGAUUGUCCAGCACGCCGACGGACCGUCAAAGGGACCUUCUAUACCAGGGUGUUGCUCCGAUGGGUACAACACUCAUGGUAUAUAAGGUGCCCGAUCCAAUAAAAAGAGUGCACACAUACGUUUGUGUAAAGUUUGGGCAAUGGAAAAUUAAGGUUCCCAUGUCAUUGUGACAAUACAUGGAUACUAGACUAACGUGAGGGGUAUAAGUUGCACGUUUCACUCAUACUGUCUGUCCAUAAUUUGUGUUUCCUCCUAUGCAAACUCUAUAAACUUAUGUUUUGAGUGAGUUUUAUCACAUCAAGGGGUUGGUGCCUAGAUUGAAUUAUAGUUUGUCCAUCCCUAGGACAACACACACACACACACGCACGCACGCACGCACACACACGCGCGUGCGCACGCACAAAGAGAGAGAGAGAGAGAGAGAGAGAGAGAGAGAGAGAGAGAGGACAUGAAUAUAUGAAUUGUCAGGAGCAAUGGCGGACUUUCAAAGGAGCGACUCAAAAAGGGCGGUGGCCCAAUGGGUAUAAGGAUCUUGGUGCUACAUUAAAUUAUAAUCCGUACAACAAGAGAGAGAUACAUAGAGAGAGAGGGGGGGAGGGAGGACGGGAGUAUAUGAAUUGUCCGGAGCAUCGACGAAGAGCUAGAUCUGACCAUUAUAGGAGGCGGGGGAGCACUGGAGAGGUUUGUUGCCUCUACCCGGAGCGCGUCGAUAGCGGUGGCAAAUAAGCAUGCUCCGGCGGUGUGGUGCUCGCGAUGUAAUGAGAGUUGUAUCGACGUUAGCAGUUUUAGUAAUUUUUUACUACCUUAGCCCGAAAAUACUUGUUGGAGAAAUGGGUAAAAAUGGAAGUAUCUAGAACUAAAAGGCGUCUAGAUACAUCCAUUUCUCCGACAAGUAUUUCUGAAUGGAGGGAGUAUGCAAUAUUUUAUAAAUCUCAAGUAAGCAUCUAUGUGAGAUAUUUUGAAUCGGGUUUGAUGUACUAGUUUCAACCAAAUAUGCACCUAAUGUUAUGUUCAUGUGCUAGUGAAAUUAAUGUUGAAAACUCCAAA